AUGCAAAAAUAUUUAUUGGAUAAUUUGCCACUUUCUUUGUAAGAGAGAAACUUACUAUAUGCUAAUGGACAAUAAGUAUAUGAUCAAGUUAUGAAGGAUGGAGGAUUCGUUAAGGUAUAUUAUAUUAUUUAACAAUAAGGUAUUUUGUCAAAGAGAAUUACCUGCUUAUUUAAAAGAGGACGAUUGGGUAAGUUUCUAUUAGAGUAAAGUAAUAGUUUAUGAAUACAAAUCAAUGGUUGAUGGUUCUUGCAUAGGAAAACCGUAUUAUUAUAAUUAUAGUGAAAUGUUAAAAAUAUAUGAAGAGAAAUAGUUAUCUUGGUUAAAACAUCAAAUAAGUAUUUUAACAAUAGAUCCAAAAGCAUUAGAAAUGAUAAAUGUGUUUUUUAAUUUUGAAGCUCUCAAAUAGAAUCAUGGUAAUUAAACCAUUGAUAUCAGAGUAUAAUAACCUGGAUAUGAUUCAUUUUUACCAUGCAAAAUCAAUUAACAAUUAGAAGGAAUGAAAAUUAUGGAUUAUGUUGAUUAUCUUAAUGAUCCAUCAAAAUUUAUAAAAAAAGAAGGACUUUCAGUAGAUCAAAGAUUAUUUGCUGUAAAUGUUAAUAUGUAAGGAUGGGAUAAGGAAAUAAAUCAUUUAAAAUAGUUCUUACCAAAAUGUUUAAGACCUUAAGGUGAAAAUGAUGGAUUAAGUUACUUAAGAUAAGAAAUAGAUGGUGUCAAUAUACCUUAAAUUUAUAUAAAAACAGAUGGAGUUUGGACAGGUGGACAUUAAGAAAAUCUAAGUGUUAAUGCUAUUAAUAUUAAUCAUGGUCCUGCUGAUUGUAUUUGGAUUACUGUAGAUAAUGAAAAUGUUUAAAAAUUAAGAUAAAAAGUAUUAGAACUAUAUGAUACAGAUAUAUUUAAAAAUGAAGGUUUAUGGUUUAAAGAACCUGAAUUCUUUUUAAAAAAUGGAAUACCAUUUAGAUACACUUUAUAAAAGAAAGGUGAUGUUGUAAUAUUAGGAGCUGGUUGUUUGCAUUGGGUUAGAUCUUUAGGUUAAACUAUUAAUACUGCAUGGAAUUAAGUUGCAUUAGAUGAUAUGACUCUUGAAGCAAUGAGUGAAAGACAUAAAUUAAAUAAAGAAAUUAAUUAUAGAACUGUAAUUCCAUAUAAGAAUUUAAUGUUAGAUUUAUAUAUUCAUGAAAAGUCAUUAUCAUAGAUGACAAUAGAGAGAAUUUAAUUAGAAUUAUAAAAUUUUUUUGAUUAAGAAAAUAGAAAAUUACAUUUAAUAGAUCCACCAUCAUCUUAAUUAAUUGAAUGUUGUAAAGAAGUAUAAUUAUGUUCUAAAUGUGAACAUGAAAUAUUUUUAUAUUUUUAUCAUGAUGAUGAAGAAUAUUUAUGUUUAGAUUGUGUUUAAAAUAAGUCUAAUCAUAAAAGUUUACCAAUAUCUAUGAAAUAUAGAUAUCAUUGCUUUUAUUUUUUAUUAUAAGCAUAACCAACAAAUUGUAACUAAGAAUUUUGUUGUCCUUAUACUGGAAAAACUAAAUGUUCAAUACAACAAGAACUUAAACCAGCAUAAUUUAAGUAUAAAGCAUAACCUAAAUUAAAUUCAAUGCUUCAUGGAACUGAUAAAAUGAAGAAAAAGAAAUUUGAUAGAAUGGAUUAUGAAAUUGAUGCAAAAACAACAGUUUAAAAUGAUAAAUAAAAAACAAGAGGUAGAAAAUAAUCUAUUGAUAAAUCAUAACCAACAAUAAAAAGAAAUAGAAAUUAUUGA